GACAUCCCGCCACCACCGCCACACCCGACGCCCAUGGUGUCUCCUCCAGCCCGGGCACUGGCCCGCCUUCUUCUGGCGGCGCUGGUGCUCAUCGGGUCGCUGGCCGCCGCGGUUCGGCCCCCGGGUCUCCUGCUCCUGGAGGCCCCGAUGGCCACCGGCCCGGCGGCCAUCGUCCCGCACUUUGGGCCCAUCCAUCCGCACUUGGGCUAUGUGCAAUACUCCCUGAGCCAUAGCCACUGCACCGUGCACGAGCCACAGCAGCCCCCUUCGCCGCGCCUCGGCGUGCUCUUUGCUCACGAGGACACCCUGCAACAUGAAAUCCCCCUCAAGGGCAUCCCCGAGGCCGCCUCCAUUCGCGCCAUCCCGGCGUCGCCCGGCCAGGCCGAGUUGAUUGUUGCAUGGCAGGACGGCUCGGCCGUCGGCCUGGCCACUCCCACUUGGGGAUCCUCCUUCGUCUUCCCCCCGGACCGGGGUCCGGUCCAGCUGCUGGACGCCUCGUCCUCUGGCCCGGAGGCGGGCGCUCGGCUCUUGCUUGCUCUCGGCUCCGGGGCCACCGUCCUUCAAUACCGCGCCGGGUCUUGGCAGCUCGGCCACACUGUCGCCCAUCCGACCACCCACGGUGUGGCCGGCCUGCCGGGGCACUUCUUCCUCGCUGGUGGCACUUCCUGGCUGUGGCUCUGUGAGGGCCAUCCGCCCCGGGUGAUUCCCACCGACCGGCCCGUUCUCGGCAUGGCGGUCACCCGGCUCGGCUCUUCGGACCCCGGUCGGCAGGAUGUCCUGGUCUUGACCGACACCCAGCUGCUGGUGUACAUCGGCCUCGGGGCCGACGGGGCCCUGCAGCCAGCCCACGCCCUCCCGCUGAGGGGGGACACCCAUGGCGAUGGGGCGGAUCUCUCCCUCCACAUGGUGCCUCCGGUGAUGCAUAUGACCCAGCCCACCGGGUACCUGGAUGUUGUGGCCCCCGCACGCCGCGCCUUCUGGCGGGUAUCCGCCCAGGCCCCCGGCCAUUUUGUCUGGCAACAUGUCAGCCUGCCGGCCGGGCUGAGCCUGGCCGAGGCGGCCCCGGUGGCAGCCGGCCACCAGUGGCUGAUCACGCAUGCUGGCCGGACCUUCCUCACUGACCGGCAGCUCGGUUGCCAGAGCGAUCGAUCGAUCCUUUGCGAUGCCAGCCCAGUGGCCUGGCGCUGCGCCCCGGGCCGAGUGCUGGCUCCCUUGCGCUCGUCCGCCGAGCUCUGCGCCGGCUGUGCCGAUGGUCUCUUCCCGGUGCCUGUGGCUCCGGGCAGGUACGAGUGCCACACUUGCCGGAUUCCCAAUUGCCAAUCCUGCCUGGCUGGAGCGUGUGUCGUAUGCAAGCCGGGGUUUUUCCUCGUCCAUACCAAUCGCUCCGGCGAAAAGGCCGACACGUGCGAGCCCCGCUGCCCGAGCCCAUACCGGGCCUCCGGCGAGGAGUGCUUCUCCUACGUCGAUUGGACGCAUCCCCAAUUUGCCAUCGCCCAGCCGACAUCGGCAGCCCCCUCCGAUCGGACCCCUGUCGCUGUGGUCCCCAUGCCAAUGCACCAGGAGGCCGGCCGGUUGUUCAUCUCAAACGCCGACAUCGCCGGAUCCACCACCGGCGCCCUGCUGGCCGUCCUGGAUGAUGGUACCUUCGGGCUGCUGGACCCCCACCAGCUGCUGGCCCCAGGCUCCGGCACCGAGGCCACUCUCCAUGUUACCCCGUUGCCGGAUUUGCCGGCCAUCACCGGCCACACGCGGCAGGUCCUCCUCCUGGGUCCUCUUCGUAGCCCCGCCGGCCAGGUGUUCAUGAAUGUGCUCAUCGAACGGGAGAAUGCCCCCCCCCGGCGCCUGGUUCUGUCAUGCACCCUGCCCACCACGACCCCAACCCAUAGGUGCCAGCUCCAGGCCCACUGGGCCCCCCUGCCCGGGCCCCUGGCCUCCGCCGGGCCGAUGGCCCUCCUCGGUCGAAAGCUGGCCCACGAUCUGGUGGCCCUCGAUCAGCACCUCCUCCAGCUCCACGCCGAUGGGUUUCUCUCGCAUGUUCCCCAUGCCGGCCGUCGUCCUUCGCUGGCCUCAUUGGUCCACAGCGAUCCGGCCACCGCGCAGCCCAUUCGCUGGAUCUACCACUAUGCCGGUGCCACGGCCGGGCUCAUGGCCCAGCCAUGGGACUCGCUGCGUCUCAAGGACACCCGGGCUCGCUCCAGCUCGGCCCGGCCCGUGCCCCUGCCCAUCGCCCAGUCGGCCGGGAAUGUGCCCCUCCUCUCCAAGGACCCCCCGGCCCCGUCCAUUCCGAAUGUGGCACCUGCCGAGCAGGCCCUUGCCACUGCCUUCGACUUCCGCACUCCCCCAUAUGUCAUCUAUCACGGGCCAAAGAGCCUGGUCAUCACCCCCAGCGCGGACUGGCCGAUGGUCGCCAUGCCGGCCGCCGGGCGCAGCCGACAUGCCGCGGGCCUCCCCUCGGAGGACCUGGUCAUGACCGGCCUCAUGGCCUUCGAUGACCGGGUGUAUUGGGCUACCAAGCACUAUUCCGCCGGCACCGACGCCCAGGGGCGCACGCAGGACAUUUCCGGCGCCGGCAACCUGCUGGUCGCCGUGCCCGGCGUGGCUCCCCCGGCCCCCGGUCAGGAAGCCUCCUCGGCCGGCCUGCACGCGGUGGCCGUCCCCCUGCGAGGGCUCUUCGAGCAUCCCAGUGCCCUGGUCGUGGCCCAUCCGCAGUUCAUCGGCGUCGCCCUGCUCCACUGCCCCUCCGCACGGGGCAUCUGCUAUAUGACCAGCUUCAGGAUGGUCCUCAACCCGGUGCCCGAUCUGCUUCCCCAGGGCCUGACGGUGACCCAAACCCCGGAGCCGGGCUCCCUUCCCUCGGGGGCCGCCUCGGUGCUGCUCUUCAUGCGUGCGGCCUCCCCCGCCGGGGCCAUCAACACCUUGGCCUUCCUGCUGAGGCUCAACCCAAAUGCCUGCCCCUGGGGCACUUAUGGCCCGGAGUGUCGCCCCUGCGCGCCCGACUGCCGCAAGUGCCAUGGCCCCACGAGCGCCGACUGCACCGACCCCCGCUGCCUGACCUACAUUCCCAGCUCCUACUUCAUGUGCCGGGUCGCCUGCCCGGCCGGCCUGCAUGCGGAUUCCACCGGCGCCUGUGUAUGCCAUGCAGACUGUGCCGCCUGCCAGGUGUCCCUGCCCCAGGCGGCCGGGCAGCCGGUCCUUUGCACGGCCUGCCCCCGUGGCAUGGCUCUGGACUCGACUGCGACCCCUCCCUCGGACAGGUGCCUUUCCUGCCAUGAAUCCUGUGCCGAAUGCACGGCCCCCGGCAGCCCCCAUGCCUGUCGGGCUUGCCCUCCCGGGCGGCUGCUCCUCCCGGAUGGUACUUGCCAUGCGGCCACCUGUCCGCCUGGCUCCGUCGCCGACCUGGAUCUUGGCCUCUGCAUUCCCUGCCCCGGCCACUGUGUCACCUGUGCUCCGCCGACCAUCGGGUCUUUCGAGCCCCGGUGCUCCGCCUGCGAGGCGGGCUUCUUUUUGGAGCCCCUCGCCGGCGUAUGCACUCCUCUCUCGCAGGAUGCCACCUGUCCGCCUGGUCUCUUCCUCGGGCCGACCGGGGCCUGCCAGGACUGCCCGGACGGCUGUGCCCUCUGUGCACCGGGGUCCCCCAGUCCCCGUCCCCGGUGCUCGGCCUGCCAGGCGGACCUCGCCGUGGAUCCGGCCACCGGCAAAUGUGCUCCCUGCCCUGCCGGCCACUUCCUCGGGCCGACCGGGGCCUGCCAGGAUUGCCCGGACGGCUGUGCCCUCUGUGCACCGGGGUCCCCCAGUCCCCGGUGCUCCGCCUGCUCGAGGGGCUUCUUCCACAUUUCCGCCACCGACGAAUGCGCCCCCUGCUCGGCGGGGCUUUACCCGGCUUCGGGAGGUGUGUGCCGACCCUGCCCAGUUGGAUGUGCCACCUGCUCGCCGGGAUCCCCGGCGCCUCGGUGCUCCACCUGCCAAAAGACCUUCUCCCUGGACCCCGUCACCGGUGCGUGCAUGCCCCGCUCGACGCUCCCCCCGGGCGCCGCCUGCCCCCCGGGGCUCCUGCUCAUGCCACAGGGGAAGUGCGUGGCCGCCUGCCCGGCCGGCCUGGGCCCCGACAUGGACUCCACCCUCGGCGGCACGCCUCUCUGUCGUGAAUGUCACUCCACCUGUGCCACGUGCGAUGGGCCUCCACUUCUGGGCCUCGACCCGGGGGCUCUUUGUCCUGCUGGACAUCGGAUGGACAACCAAAAGGAGACCUGCCUCUCCUGUGGCCCGAAUUGCACCUCCUGCACUGGCCGCCCAGAUCGCCCCUGUGACCACUGCCUGCCGGGGUAUUACCCCCGUCCGGAUACCGGUCUGUGUGCCACCUGCCAUGAUACCUGUGCCACCUGCACCGACUACUCCACAUGCACCUCCUGCCUGCCAGGAUGGGUGUUCCUCGAGAUCAGUCCCCUGAGCAGGUCUCUCUGCACGAAGGUCUGCCCCCCGGGCCGGGUGGCCGACCCAUCGACCGGCCAUUGCGUACGCUGCCAGCCGGAAUGCGCCGCGUGCAGUGGCCAUCCGGCUGCCUGUGAAGUCUGUGCCGAGGGCUUCCGCCGUGCCGAGGCGCCUCCCCCGGGCGACACCCUCGCCAGUGCCUGUGUGGCCUGUCCGCCGAAUUGCACAUCCUGCACCGCCGACUCCCGGUGCAUGGCCUGUCGUCCCAGGUACCAUCUGAGCCUGGAUGGGCUUUGCGUGUCCCAGUGCCCGCCCGGAAGUGCUGCCAGCCAUGCGAGUGGCCCGUGCGCUGCCUGCCCUCCUGGCUGCUCCGGAUGCUCGAGACCCAUCGAGACCCAAUGCCACGCUUGUCAGCCUGGCUUCCACUUUGUCCAGCUGUCCUCCCAGGAGGGCGAGUGUCAUCCCCUCUGCCCGGCCGGCCACUUCCGCCAUGUCGCCGCCAGCCUGACCGCCGCUGCCGCGCCUGCCCGCACCUCCCACCCCCAAGCAACGACCUCCCCCGUCGAUGUGGCCCCCGGCCCUCUUUCCGAUGUCUGCCGGCCCUGCCACUCGUCCUGCCUCACCUGCAGCGGUCCCACCGAUACCGACUGCCUGGCCUGCCCACUCGAGCAAGUCCAUCACGCUGGCCGUUGCCAGGACCGGUGUCCCCCUCGGACCGUGGCGCUUGAGGGCCGAUGCCUGGCCUGCCACCCCUCCUGUGACCAGUGCUCCGGCCCUUCUGCCGGGGCAUGUACCGGCCCCUGUCCGGCAGGGCUGCUUCCCUUCGUCACCGGGGUAGGCACUCCGCCCCCGGCAAAGGAGGGCGCACCGGCAAACCAUGCCUGCCUGGCUCGCUGCCCAAAGGGCUAUUGCCUCGGGCCGGCCGGCUGCCUUCCCAGCCACCUGUCCUGCCUCUUCUGCGCCGAUUCCGGCAAGUGCUUGCAAUGUCCCUCGGGCCUGUUCCUGCACCUGGACCACUGUGUCGCCGCCUGCCCCGAUGGCAUGACUCCCGAUCCGACCGGGGCCUGUGCCCCCUGCCACGAAUCCUGCCUCACCUGCACCGGCCCCGGGCCCCGGCAUUGCAAGACCUGCCAUCCAGACGCCCCCCUUCGCCUGGGGCUCAGAUCUUGCCAGGCCACCUGCCCCUCCGGGUUUUUCCUUCGAAAGCCCAACUCGUGCGUGCCCUGCCACCCGACCUGCUCCACCUGCCUCGGGCCCGGGGCCGAGGAGUGCACCUCCUGCUCGGAUGUGAGCCCCCGCUCGACACCCGGGCCCUGUCACCUGGGCCCCCGAUGCGCCACUUGCCAACCGGGCAAGGUCUUGGCCCCGGGCGGCGCUUGCUUGGAUGCCUGUCCCCCGGGCACCGGUCCCGACUAUGCCUCUCCCAUUGGCCAGCCUCCCUCCAAAGGCACGCCUCGCUGCCGGCCCUGCCACUCGAGCUGUGCCCAGUGCACCCAGGCCCACUCGGCGUGGGCCUGCUCCGCCUGCCCCACGGGCAAGGUCCUUCUGCCUGGCGGGCGGACGUGCGGCGACUCCUGCCCCCCGGGAUUCCUGGUCCAUUCGAAUGCCCCCAAUGCCUGUGCCCCCUGCCCGGCCGGAUGCGCCACCUGCACCGACCGAGGGCAACAGGGCCCGGCUUGUCUCGAAUGUCGGCCGGGCUUCUUCCUCGCGGCCGGCCAAUCGUGCCGACCCUGCCACCCUUCCUGUGCCACAUGCACCAAUGAGGCCUCCUGUGCGACUUGCCCUCCGGACUGGGUCUUCCUGGCCCCGAAGAUGGGCAGCCCUUCUCUCUGUGCCGCCGCCUGCCCGGCGGGGGAAUUCCCCCACCCGAGCACCCGCAUGUGCACUCCCUGCCAUGCAUCGUGCGCCACCUGCCGCAAUGCCACCUCCUGUGACACCUGCUCCCCGGGUUUGGUUUUGCCCCGGACCGAGCUGGCCCUUUGCUUGAGCAUCUGCCCUCCGGGCGAAUUCCCCGACUUGCAGGCCGGCCGGUGUGCCCCAUGCGCGCCGAAUUGCGCCCUCUGCGGCCCGGAUGCCCACACGUGCGUCCUCUGUGCCGAGGGCCAUCGCUGGGCCGGGUCUCCCGCUUCCGGCACCUGCGUGGCCUGUCCCCCGAAUUGCCUCUCCUGCCAGGAUGACGGCCGCUGCCGGGUCUGCCAGCCCGGCUUCAGCCUCCACUCGCACGACCAAUGCCUGGCCACCUGCCCGGAGGGCACCUUCAGCGACGCCAACAUCCGCCGAUGCAUCCCCUGCAAUGCCCUGUGCGCCCAAUGCUCCGGCUACUCUCGCUACACCUGCACGGCCUGCUCUCCGGGCUUCAAGUUGGCCUUCUCCUCUCACUGGCAGGACUUCACCUGCGAAGCUGCCUGCCAUGUCGGCACAUAUCAACACCCCGACACCGGCCAGUGCCACCAGUGCCAUGGUCAAUGCUCCACCUGUAAGGGGCCCUCCAGCACCGACUGCCUGACUUGCCCAUGGGGCUACAUCCUCUUCGAGGGCCGAUGUGUUCAAAAGUGUCCGCCUGGACAUGUGCACCUCAUGAAUGCCUGCUUCGCCUGCAACCCCUCCUGCAACGAUUGCUGCAACUUGACCAACACUUGCUGUCUCGGCCCCUGCCCCGCAGGGUUGCUUCGCCUCCGCCACAAUGAGCAGGCAUCCUCCUGCUUGGCCUCCUGCCCGGUGGGCUAUGCCGCCAAUCCCGAUGGCGAGUGUGUCCCCUGCCCGGAGGGCUGUGCCUCAUGCCACUUCGCCUCCGGCGAGCUGACCUGCACCCUCUGUGAGGAUGGCCGGCUGCUUCAUGAGGGCCUCUGCCGAAAGACCUGUCCCCGGAAGACCCUGGCCAUGGGGGGCCUUUGUGUUGCCUGCCACCCCUCAUGCGGCACAUGCUCCGGUCCCCUGUCCGACCAGUGCAUCGUCUGUGACAACCCCUAUGACACCGUCACCAAUGGGUCCUGCUCCCUCGGCUGUCCCGAGGGCUCGGCGCGCUUCCCCGCCAGCGACAGUUGCCACAAUUGUCAUGCCUCCUGUGCCACCUGUCACAGCCCCUCCGAGAGUGACUGCAUCUCCUGUCGCCCUGGCACGCCGAUGCUGACCACAGGCCGAUGCUACUCCUGCCACAGCUCCUGCAACACCUGCCACGGUAUCUCAGCCACGCAGUGUGCUUCCUGCCAUGCCGGCUACUUCCUCUCCGACACUGGGCGCUGCCUUCCCUGCCAUGGGUCAUGCGCCUCGUGCGUCGGGCCCACCGCGGCCGAUUGCCACUCGUGCACCCCCAGCCCCCUGGCCCUGGCCCUGGCCCUGGAGAAUGGGGUGUGCCACCUUUGCCAUGCGAGAUGCUCCGCCUGCGCCGGGCCCACAGCCGACAAGUGCACCGCAUGCCAUGCGGGCCAUCGUCUCGUCGCCGGGUUCUGUCUCCUCCCGGGUGAGGACAUCCCCGACACCGGGUCCAGUGCCAGUGCCUCCUCCUCUUCGCCCGGCAGCGGUGAGGAUGGCAGCUAUCAGCCCGAUCCGGGCAGUGCCUCCUGGUCUGGCGGUGAUCCCUCAUCUGACUCCCACCACUCCGGGUCCGGCAGUGACACCACGUCGGCAAGUGACCUGCCCCCUGGCUCCGACUCCGGCAACUCCACCUCGAGCUCCGACUCCAGCGCCCCCUUUCCCGGUGGCGACUCCCUCUCUGACAGCGCCCCCUGGUCCGGCAGCGCCCCCUGGUCCGGCAGCGCCCCCUGCGCCCCCUCUCCUCCCGGCUCCGACUCCGGCAACUCCACCUCGAGCUCCGACUCCAGCGCCCCCUGGUCCGACAGCGCCUCCUGGUCCGGCAGCGCCCCCUCUCCUCCCGGCUCCGACUCCGGCAACUCCACCUCGAGCGCCAGCUCCCCCGAGCCCCCAUCGGACAGCACGUCAUCCUCGGGCCCUGCUUCCGGAGGAAGCCCGUCUCACUCGGCCUCGGCCUCUGCCCCGGCAUCUGGAAGUGCCCGAGCUCUGGCCAUCGGCCUUGGCAUUUCCAUCACCCUACUGAUCCUCCUCAUUGCCAUGGUGGCCUUUUACGCGCUGCGAAGUCGCUUUAUGUACAAGGCCGUCUCUGUGCACCCUCAGGCCCCUGCCCCGGAGAGUGCCGUCUAG